AUGGCCUCUCUUCUCAAGAAACCAUUGAAGCUGGCUCUAGUCCAACUGGCCGCAGGCGCCGACAAGACAGUAAACCUUGCGCAUGCUCGCUCCAAGGUUCUUGAAGCCGCCAAAGCUGGUGCCUCUCUCAUCGUCCUUCCGGAAUGUUUCAACUCCCCCUACGGUACCCAAUACUUUCCCAAGUACGCCGAGACAUUGCUUCCUUCCCCACCCACCCAAGAACAGUCCCCCUCCUACCAUGCGCUUUCGUCCAUCGCCGCAGAAGCCAAGGCCUACCUGGUGGGUGGUAGCAUUCCGGAACUUGAGCCGACCACGAAAAAGUACUACAACACCUCGCUGGUGUUCUCCCCCACCGGUGCCUUGAUUGGAACCCACCGCAAGACUCAUCUCUUCGAUAUCGACAUCCCCGGCAAGAUCACCUUUAAGGAGAGCGAGGUCCUGUCCCCGGGUAACCAGUUGACCGUGGUAGAUCUGCCGGACUAUGGUAAGAUUGGACUGGCCAUCUGUUACGAUAUUCGCUUCCCAGAGGCCGGCAUGAUUGCGGCUCGGAAAGGCGCCUUCAUGCUCGUCUACCCGGGCGCUUUCAACACCACCACCGGUCCGCUGCACUGGUCGCUGUUGGCUCGUGCUCGAGCCGUUGAUAACCAGGUGUAUGUGGCCUUGUGCAGUCCCGCUCGAGACAUGAGCGCUUCGUACCACGCCUACGGUCACAGCUUGGUUGUGGAUCCGAGCGCGAAUGUGCUGGCCGAGACGGAGGAGAAGGAAGAUAUCAUCUAUGCGGACCUGGAUAACGAGACUAUCCAGAACACGAGGAAGGGUAUUCCCAUCUACACGCAGCGGCGAUUCGAUUUGUACUCGGACGUGAGUGCCGAUAACAAAUAG